AGGUGCAACUGCGCUACUCUGGGAACAUCAGUGAACACUAAUUUGACUAAUGAAUGAAUGAAAACGGUUGUCGCACUGCGAUCCUGCCGAUCGAUAGCAACGAAAUGCAACAUUUUGCUUCCACGCGUUCUCUUGAUCGACCGUAUACUCAUGUUGGCGACCAUGUACGCACUAGUUCUCUGUUUUAUCUACCUGCCAUUGGGCAUUAUCGCUGUGGUGAUCCCUCGUGACGUGAACAAUUGGGAUUUGGUUUCGCAGGAGUCGAAUGGUGACAUUCCCAAUCAUUUCCAAUUCCCGCGGACACGGAGAGUCAACACAGUUCCUGGAGAUCACGCCUCUUUCCUGCAACAUUCAGGAGCCAAGUGGAACAGUGGCAGAGUUUUGCCAUCUCCACCACAAACCCCGAAUGGAACGUACGCUCUCAACGUGCGGCGGUUUGGUGCGAAAGGGGAUGGAAAAGGUGAUGACACCGCUGCCUUUCAGAAAGCUCUUGACCAGUCCUACAAGCUGGGUAGUCUCUUUGUCUUGGCCCCACCAGGACAGUACGUGAUCCGUGCAAACCUCACCAUACCAGUCGGUGUCACCUUAAAGGGAUCGUAUAUGUAUGCUCCAUCACACGUCGUCAAUCGUAACCCGCCUCAUGACCCUCCAUCAGAAGGAUCCGUGCUACUCGCAUACGGCGGUCGUAAUGUGUCAUCAGGAUGUCUUAUCACCGUCAGUGAGCUAGCUACGUUCAGUGGAUUCACCGUGUAUUACCCGGAUCAAGUGCAGGACAAAGCACCAGUACCGUAUCCAUGGUCUGUAUGUCUGGAUGGCAUAAACACUGCUGUAACUGACGUGGAGUGUCUGAACUGCUGGAACGCUGUCAAAGCUGUGAAAGCACCCCGCCACUACAUCGCCCGUAUCCAGGGGCAACCAAUCAAUAUGGGUGUGUACGUGGAUGAGAAUCAUGACGUUGGACGUAUUGAGGAUGUUCACUUCGUCCCGUGGUACAGUAAAAAUCUGACAUACAUUCAAUGGCAGUUCGUCAAUGGCCAAGCAUUUGUGUUUGGUCACACUAACUGGCAGUACGUGUUCAAUACGUUUGCCUUUGGGUAUGCAGUGGGCUAUCGCUUCCUGGACGCAGAGACUGGUGCCUGUAAUGGCAACUUCCUGGGGAUAGGUGCUGACAUGAUGGCAAAUUCCUCUGUCUUGGUGGACAAUGUAAAGCCGGACGGAAUACACAUAACCAACGGGGAAUUCACGGCGUUUCGCAAGUACACAUGGGGAAAACAGAUUGCUGAUCCAACACAGAUCCACAUCCGGGGAACGAACAGGGGAGGCGUGCGGAUAAGCAACUCAGCAUUCUGGGGUCCGUCAGACCAAAUCGCAAUUGUGGCAGGAAGUGGAACCACUGGCUUCAUGGGGUGCACCUUUGUCAACUGGGAUGCCUAUAACAUUCGGACACCAGCAAUCUAUGUAAUUGGAGCUACUGGGAAUCUCAUCGUUGAAGGUUGUGACUUUGCCAAGAAAGGCAAUCCCCCAGUGCAUAUCAUUCUGGACACUACCCUGGCCAGAGCCAUCAUAACUGGGAACACAUUUGCUACACGGCUAUGGAUGUAUGGAUCGGCUCAUAAUACUCAAAUCGGACUCAACGCGGAUGACUCAGAACACAAGACUAUACCCAAUGAUCAGCCCUAAGUGCAGUUCCAAAUAGCUCUCUUGUUGGAGGCUAGAUUUGACACAGAGGAAUCUUGCUUCGAUGUGAUUAAUGGUAUUUCUCUCUCACGCCUCACCUUUGCAACAGCAAAACCACAGUGCAGGGUCGGCUGCGGGCAGCCACGUUGCAAGAUAGAAGGAAGUUUCUCGUUUCUUUCGAAUGCUCAGCCAACGAGAAGCAUACACGUUCACAGCAAGAAUCAUUGCAGUUGGAAUAUGCUCUUAACGCUUGGCCCAUAGCAGUGGCACGCUGUGCUUUAGCUAUUCUCGGAUUUUUGAAAGCUUUUACCUGUGUCAAUUCUGUACAAAGUUGGUACACACUCUUGAAUCUGUUUCAUGGUGCGGAACACCCUCUACAGAUGGUCAGACAUCAGAAUCAAAUGAUACAGCUCCACAGAACUCUUACACAUACUUCCGAUCAUUGUGUCGCAUUGUGUCGGUUUUAUAUUUUCAGAAUAAUUAUGCCUGUUAAAAUGUGAUUGCUUCAUGCAACCACGACCUUGGUCUAUACUUGCCUGACAUGCAGAGGAUGUCCUUCAAGGCCUCAAUGUGCCGAUGUACAAAGUGGUCA